CGAAUUUCGGGAGAGGAGGGUGACAAUGGUCACCAACAUGCAUAUCACUGGCCAUCACUGGCAGACUUAGACCACAUUAUGGGCGAACCAUGGGUGGGCGAGUAGUCUACUGCCUAGACUACCUAGUCUCGAUUUUAGUUUAGUUUGUUACCAUGAUAUCCGAUGCCAUGGGGGUGGUGUGAGGUAGCCUCGGCCGUUUGAUACCACCUCGCCAUGUCAUGAGGUGAGAGGAGUUUAGAUACAAAAGUUGGUGGUCUCGCUCGCUUUUCAAGUGCCGGAAAGAUUUCCUUUUGGUUUUGAACUUUCCCAUCAUCAAGAAUUUAGUUGUUGAAGUGAAACAGAAAAAACAAGACAAGAUGCUCGCCGGUUUGUGUCUCGGCCUUCGUGGCCUUCAGAUCGUCUUCGGCGCCGUAAUCAUCGGUCUCUCCGCCUCCUUCAUCACAGCCCAAAAAGUCGGUUCCGCAGCCACCACAACGCAAUACUCCGUUUUCACGGGCGCCUACGGCAUUCUCGAAGGCUUUCUAGGCAUCGCCGCCCUGUUUCUCAGUUUCAUCCCAGACAUCGUGGUACUAGGCGCCGAUGCCAUCGGUGCUUUGGUGUUGUUAGCUGGUGGUAUUGCCUGGGCAAUCGGCACCCGCGGUGUCUCCUGCACCGACCCCACCAAGGUUAUGAAGAUCCUCGACAACAACCUCUUGAACCAGGGCAAGCGCAAGUACAAGGGCGACUGGUACUACGGCAUUUUGUACGGGGACCCGAACGAGAAGACGGCUUGGAGCAGGCUGCAGUCGAGCUGCAAGAAGGGACUGGCGGACGAGAUCUUCCAGUUCUUGGCUUUUGCGGUUUUGGUGGUGUUGGUGGUGGUGGGGUGGAUCAGGUGGAGGAAGGGGAAGGGGGGUGGAGGUAUGGGGUCGAGGACGUAUGUUUAAAGACGGGAGGCCUGAGGGGUAGUGUUGAGGAUUUGGAAAGAGGGAACGGAGGUGUCAUAAAAGGGUGAAGAGAAAAGAGGAAGAGGUGGAUGAGGAAGAGGUAAUGAUAAUGGGAUUAUUGAUGAAAAACAAAAGGGACAUGGGUAAUGAAGUGGGAGGAGACUCAAGGAUAAUGUAAUGACUGAAGUUGAGAUACCCGUAUAUUAUGAUAAAGAAAAUAUGAAGCAUUUCAAUA